CUUCUUAUUUCCUCGACUUUCACCCGAUUCUCUCGCUUGCUGGUGCUUCCUUGUCUGCCUGUUCGUCGAUAGGCUGCUCCGCCGGACGUCCGAAGUAGCUCUUCGACGGCGCACGGUACUCCCUGUUCUUCAUUUGAAGAUUGAUAGAUUUUAUAUAGAGAGGAACAGUAACAAACUCGGUCAAGAUGUCCGGAAGGAAAGAAACGGUCUUGGAUUUGGCAAAGUUUGUGGACAAAGGUGUUCAAGUCAAGCUCACUGGUGGCAGACAAGUUACUGGGACACUAAAAGGCUAUGAUCAGUUGUUAAAUCUCGUGCUGGAUGAAGCUCGAGAGUUCUUACGAGACCCUGAGGACCCAAUGAAGACCACUGACCAAACUAGGCAACUUGGACUAAUUGUGUGCAGAGGAACUGCUGUAAUGCUGGUAUCACCCACCGACGGUACUGAUGAGAUUGCUAACCCUUUCGUCCAGCCAGAUGGUGCAUAGCUAGUUUGCUCAAUCUCUGGUGCAGUCUAAAUCCGUAUGCUCAGCACCGUCUUCAUCCUGGACUUAGAUUUUCAAUGUUUAGGAACUGUAGUCUUGGUAUCCUCCAAUGUUCUUGAAUUUAAUUUCAUAUGAAGUAAUUUUGUCUUUGGUUUUCAUGGACGAAAGGAUAUGGAUGGUAUGCUAUUGUUGGACAUGCAGCUUAAGAUUCUGCUCUUUUCUUGGACAAUUUUAGGUUCUAUUGGAAGUUGGAUUAUUUGGAUGUGUAUAUUAUUUGAAUGCCUGUAUUUGAAAUGUUCAAUGACAUUUUUGGUCAUUCUAUUAUGUGAUUUCAACGAACAUUCUGCUCUUUUCUUGGACAAUUUUAGGUUCUAUUGGAAGUUGGAUUAUUUGGAUGUG